CACGACUGACACCUUAACGGUCCUUAUUUGAAAGAAUCAAAGGACGAAGCAACUUCGAUUUAGAACAUUAAGGAAUUAAUAGAAUCAUGUCGGAGAUUAAAGACGAUCCGCGAGAAGUUCUUGUUCUUCUGAAUUCGUUAGGAUUUGUCGGCAUUACGGCAGCCCAAUUAAAAGCUUUUAUGAAAGAUUUAAAGAUUUACAGAAAGAUAAAGGAUCGUGAAAAACAACAACGAAGGGAAGAGAUGAAAGCAAAAAUAAUUAGUAAACAACAGACUUUAAUCAAGGAAUUUUGUGGACGUACAAACACAGAUUAUCCUUCAAAUAACAUUGCUCUCUCUGAAUCUUCAAAUUCUUUUGACAAUGAAUCACUGGUGAAAGUCAGAAUAAGAUGCAUUCCUAAGGAAAAAUAUUCUGAGGAAACAGUGACAAAAAUAGAUGAGAAACUAACAAAAUCUCACAAGGAAAAUCUCACUCAAAAAUCUGAUAGAACGCAUCCUGAACACGAUCAUGUCAAAUCUCAUCAAAUCAAACCAUCACAAAAUGAAAACAGGCAAAAUAUAUCUAGAUAUGUAGCAAAAGACAGUCAUUUGAUAAAUAAGUGUAAACAUGAUGCAAAAAUAGAGCAACAAAUAAAACCAGUGGUUUCAAUACAAGAAUCUUCAGCAAAUGAAGCUGUUUCUUCAGAUCAUGUGAUUAGACCACGAUUAAAGAGUGCUACUACUGUAUCAGAACCAAUUGGAAACAUACGCACACAAAGUGCCUCAUCUGCAAGAUCAUCUGUUUCUAAUAUUGCACAUAAGUCAUUUAUUCGACCAUGGAGGUUGCAACCAGAUGCACAGAAAAAUGUAAUGAAUAAAAAAUGUGAUCCUGUUGCUCUUUAUCAAAAAUAUCAACAGGAAUGGAAGCAGAUAUCUUUUCCUGGAGAAGCAAAGCACUCUAAAGUCAGAUGGGCUGUGCGAGAAAAGAUGCUAGGUACAGAUCCACAUCCUAUGCCACUUUCAAGGAAAUCUACAAGUAUGCCAAUAUUGAAGAAGAGAUGAUACAAAAAGAGUAAAAUAAUUUAUAAAUAUACGGAAGACUGGUUCAAUCAAGGCCAUAAUCAAACUGUUUCACUAUAUAUAUAUAUUUUUUUUUUUAAUGACUCAGUAAUGUUAAGUAAUAUUUAAAAUGUAC